AUGGCCUGCGUCGUCACCCUCGCUCUGUUCCUCUUCGCCGGUUUCCUCUGCGCUAGUCCAGUCCAUACUGAUACUGAGCUUGUGUCAACUGUUCCUGAUCAUUUCAGUCGAUCUGGUCCCAUGUCCCAUGGCCACACUGGUAAUCACAAUGCACCCUUUAGUCCUCAUAUGUCCAACGAUCAUCAAUCAACUACGACUAGGUCUCCGGCAGUCUAUGGUGGCGUUGACAAUCCUUACAGACCAUGCUCCGAUUACCAUGUACCUGUGUAUGGUGGUGUUGAUCCUCCUUACGGGCCAUGCUCUGACUACCAUUACUCCCAUGAUCCUGUCAAAACUCAAGCUGCGGUUCUGCAGUCUCGAGAAUCAGACUCGGGAAAUGACUAUGCCAUGGUCUGCGGCUCGGACUCACACAGAUUUACGACCAACACUUGUGCAGGGUCACCGUUUCGAUAUUAUUGCACAGGCCAAGGACGUUUGGCAAGAAAGGGCAGCAAAAACUCACAUUGUUCGGAGGUCUGUCGCUGCGUCAAUCUGGCUCCCAAACCAUGUCUCCACGGUGUGGUGGCUGCUAAAUGCUACGUCUCGGACGACGGUCUAAUCCUGGACUCCAAUCUUGACCCCAUCGGACAAACCAGCAUAGCAACCCAACUCGGCAAUGGCACUUGGGUGAUUCAUUCCGAAGCCGAAGGCGAAGGCGACUCACAUGAGCUGGAAAUGCGCGCAGAAUCUGGAAAAGGGAAUCCUGCAACAACAACCAUGGCGAUCUCGCACCGAGACGCAAAUGCAGCAAUGCAUGACUAUGCGCUGGUUUGCGCAGAUCGUGGUGGCACAGGAAGAUGUCAGGACCGCAGCUACUAUUGCACCUCCAGCGGCAAAGUGGCCUACAAGCUCUCUGACUACUUCUGUGAUACGGUAUGCGAGUGCAAGAAUCUUAGAGCAAGACCAAAAGCAUGUGCCAAUCUCUACGAAGCGGACCUGCACAAAUUCGUCUGUUUUGACGACGCAGACACUGACGCUCCCAUGAACGUAACUGAGGACGAACCACUCAAUCAAGAUAUCUCAACCAAUCUGACAAUCGACGACAGUGGUCUCAGCGCUAGAGAUGGUCUCGGCCGACGCGAAGUGACCGAUCCUGGUUGCCAUCCUCAAACCUUGAGCCCUCGAAGCACGUGGUUAUUGCUGUGCCAGAACCACACUCAAGUAUGCAAUGCUGAAUUUGGAUAUUGUUGUCAUAGUGGGACCCUGACUGCGGCUUCUCACAAUCCGAUUUGCAACGACAUCUGCCAAUGUGUGAGCUCGACUUCUAACAUCCUACGCUAUUGCACUCAUGGUCCAAACUUCAGCAUUUUGUCAGAGUGCUUUGUUAUUGGCAAUGCCAUCUACAAGCUCGAAGGUGAGCUCUUGACAGACUUCCUUGGCAAUUUUACAAGCGCAGUGGUCGGGCCUUGUGGGAAUCUUUGGGUCGGUGAGCCAGGCAUGUCAUCCUAUCCUCCCUUCGAUGUUUCUCCCCCACAAAUCACGGAUGCGGUCAACCUCCCUCCCCCAGAAACCACUCAUACGGUGGUCAAACGAGGCGAGGCGGUGUCUGAUAUGGCACAAGACAAAUGGCUUCUCGGCUGCCAGAACAAGGCGCACACACAAACUUGCCGAAACAAACUUCACUACUCAUGUGAUGGCGCCAAAGUCGUGCAUCAGGACUAUGACUUUGUCUGUGAAGCCAUUUGCGUUUGCUAUGAUCAGGAGCCUAAUCAGGUUUGUGUCCCUCGACACUCAAUCAGCGGGUUGUGUCCUCCCGGUGUCGUCCUGGACCCCCCUGCAGACGGAUCUGAGACAGACAUGUCGAUUGUCAAUGAGGACCAAGACUCCAAAGGCAGUGGUGCACUCGCCGUCUCAGUACGCUCCUCGGAUGACUCUAAGAAGGACGAACCAUGGUACUUCAUCUGUAAGACCAAAGAUACUGUCAACAUCAGUUUGACCAACCGUUGCUGGGCCAAAGGUUACACAUGUCCUCGCUAUCCCCCUCACGGUAGCGAACCUAAGCCGACACGUCCUGAGCCCCAUGAUCCUCUGUGUGAAAACCACUCUUCUUGCCAUUGUCGGCAGUCUUCCGCACCAUCCCAGGAUGAGGAGGCAGUUAUGAUUGAAGGCGAUCUGUCUGCAUCUAACUCCCUGUUCGUUCCGGCCCUCGUGUCACGCGAAGCAGAGAAAGAUCUACCGGCGGAUCGGAAGUACUUUUCAUUGACUUGCAAUAAUGGAAAGCAAUUCAACGCAUCCCUGACCAAGAUCUGUGCGGAACAUUCUUAUCGUUGUGUCCCUGGUGAGGUUCUCUCGGCACUUGAACAUGAUGGCCCGAUUGACGCUCAAUGCUCUGAGAACUGCCACUGCCGCAGUCCAUUCGCUGCAGCGGAGGAAAUAGCUACGCGUUCUUUUGGAUAUGAGCUGCUGAACAAUCAAGGUUACACUCUACGCUGUGGUCAAGAGGCCGACCAAUUCUACCGCACCAGCUCCCAUGUACUUUCCACACGCUGCGAAGUCAUCUGGGGCUACUCCUGCGGUAUUAAUGGCCAAGUACAGCAUGGUGGUGCACCAGUCUUCAAAUGCGAAGAGACCUGCAGUUGCCACAAGUCCAACAACAGCACCGUUGUUGGAGCUUAA